GACAUGCGCAGUGGCGGUGAACAAUGAAGAAUUUUUUCCCAACACAAAUUUACGCACAAACAAAAAAGGGACGUAAAAAUAAAAAAGAAUUAUUGUGAAAUUAAGUGAAAUAUUAAAAUAAUAACAAUAAAAAUGCCACUACUGGAGGAUAGUGGCAUUGAAAGUGAAGACAAAUCAUCGCUAAUAACUGAGGAAGCGGAAAUGGAGACGAAUCUUCGUUUGACACACGACAAUACGAUAGACCAUAUGGCAGAUUUGGAAGUAAGCUUUCGGGGAGCAACGGAUAUACAAUCUACCUCAUACAAAGCCAGAGAUUCAUCACCCACACAGCACAGCGGCAGUGAUGUAGAGGACACGCUCAAGCCGCCCAAUACAUGUCGUAUCCUACAAAGGAAAUUGGAAUUGAAAGUGGAAAGGGCAAAGCGAAACUAUUCGCAUUACCAGGAGGAGAGCAAGCGUAAAUCACAAUCAGCAACCUUGAUACCCAUUAAUCGAUUGCCCAUACCAGGAGACGUGGAAAAUAAGCCUUUAGUUGACUAUAAGUCUGAAAGUGAUGAAUGUGAGGAGAUAUCAUUUUUCCCCUCCCACAUGCACAAGAAUCGCAUGAAAAAACAGGCCGAACUCACAGACACCUUUAGCAUACAGGAAAUGACCAUCGACUCGGAUUUGGAAUCAAAUGAUUCACAAAAUUUGGAGCUCUUAACGCCUCAUUUAAAGAGAAGUUUCAUGGACUAUGUUAGAACUUGUUUUUGCCUUCAGCCUUCAAGUUAAUAAAGGUUCCACGUGGUCCAAUUCCAGUUCUUCGAUCUUAGCUCUUAUUACUCGUAAAAUUUGCUUCCAAUACUAAGAUGAUUACAACUAAAGCUAUACCUUGCCAACAAAUAAAUAUGGUUUUCAUUCACGUUA